AUGUCUACCGAACCACUCAACUUUGAUGCUAUCACAAAUGAAGAACGAAGUUUGUUUGAUAAUGACGAUCUCGACAUUGUCGACUUGUUCCAAACAGCUAUCAAAUCAUCGUCAACAUUCGAUAUUGAUAAAAAAGCGGAACGCUUCGUCACUGAUCUUGUUGUAUAUGCUACAGAGAAGCAGUGGGUCUUGAAUACCGUUUACUUCCAAUGGAGAACUUGGAAUAUAUUGAUAUAUAUUGCUAUUGCUAUCCCAUAUAAGCAUUAUGCACAGGAUGUCCUUUUCAAGGUUAUUGUUCUACUUGAAGAAGAUGUCGACAAAUCGUGGGAAGGGUUUGGACCUGUUAUCAGAAGCUUAUGGAAUUGUUCUCCAAAAUUUACUUCGACGCUCGACGACGACGACGAAAAUCUGUCAUUGGACGAGUGGCUCAACCUCAAUUCUUUUGUUGCCAAGAUUUCAAAUGAUGGAGAUGAAGGGUCCCUAAUAUUUGGGGUUUGGGGGCUGCGUAGUGGUCUGGAGGAGGAUCUUCACAAGUUCGAGGACGAUGGAAAACCAUCGCCACAGUCCUUCUCCGUCAAUCGAGUUCGUGUUGCCUGUGAAUGGAUUAUUCAAGCUGGACCCGCAUUUUUCAAGCAGUCUUUACUCAAUGUAUCCUUCGAGGAAAUUCCUGCUAAGACAGGGAGACCCUAUUGUGGGGGUGCUUUGUUUUUGGGUACAAAUGGAUUUACUAUUGAGCAUUGGGGAUUCUGGAAACGCAGAUUUAUCGAGGUGCGAAAGGAUUUUGAGAGCGAGUCUGUUUGUGCGUAUAUUGAUAAAGCGUUGAGAGUGAUGUCAGAAUUGGAAGGGAAGGCAGCAAAUGCGAUCGAUAUCUUCUUUUGA